AGAGGUUACUUCCGCUUUGCAUUUCGUCCAUCUGCUUUCUUUGUUGCAACGGAAUUAUUUUUUGGACCAAAAAAAAAAAUCUUGAAAUAAGUGGCUUCACACCUGACCUAUAAACAAAGAUGACGGACCGUUACAACAUCCACAGCCAGCUGGAGCAUCUGCAGUCGAAAUACAUUGGCACAGGACACGCAGACACCACCAAAUGGGAAUGGCUGGUGAACCAACACAGAGACUCGUAUUGCUCCUACAUGGGUCACUUCGACCUCCUCAAUUACUUCUCCAUCGCUGAGAAUGAGAGCAAGGCUCGUGUGCGCUUUAACUUGAUGGAGAAAAUGCUGCAGCCUUGCGGACCUCCUGCUGACAAACCUGAGGAUGCCUAGGAUGAAACAAUGCUCAAAGAGAACUUUAACCUUUUAUGUUUAUCGGGGUCAAGUUAGAAUGAGACUUUUUAAAGGUUUUUUUUGUUGUUUUUUCAAUUAACUAAAUGAAUUUUGAUAUUUCUGCCAUUUUUGUCUGUGACUCAUAAUUGUGUUUGAAGAAAAUAAAAUUGGAGAAAGUGUCCACUCUUUCCCCCACCAUAAA